AGUGAGUGGCGGUGAUUCUCUUGCUCGCUUCGCUCCUCUUGGCCGGGCCUGGCAUGGACAUAGAAACAGCGUUUCAAAAUGUCGGAGAGUUCGGACCCUGGCAGAAACGAGCCGUGGCCGUCCUGGUCCUGGCACAGGUCUACAUGGCGGGUCAGUCCAUGCUCAUCGUUCUGGUCGGGUUCACGCCGGAGUACCGGGUCGUCCCGCAGGACGGCGUCCCGACCGACCAGCAGCAGCUGCAGCAACGCGUCGCCUUCACGGAGGACGUGGACUCCAUCGUGACGGAGUGGUUCCUGGUCAAGCAGCAGGCGUACAAGGUCAGCCUCGCCGGGUCGCUGUUCUUCGCCGGUCUCCUGGUUGGGAACGUCGUGUUCGGCCCGCUCUCCGACCGGAUCGGCAGGAGGCCGGUCUACCUGGCAGGUCUGUUCCUGGAGGUGGUCUUCGGCUACGUGACCGCCGUGGCGCCCACCUACGAGGUCUUCGCCGCCUCCCGCCUGCUGGUGGGGCUGAUGAACGGCGGCAUCGGCCUGGUCUGCUUCGUCCUCACCCAGGAGUACGUGGGCAAGUCCUACUGGGCCGUGACCGGAACGCUGGCCAGCAUGACCUUCGCCGUGGGCAUCGCCCUGUUCGGGGCGCUGGGCUACCUCAUCCGGCCGUGGCGGAGUCUGGCGGCGGCGGCCAACUCCUCGGGCGUCCUGUUCUUCCUGCUGUCAGUAACCCUCCCAGAGUCUCCGCGGUGGCUGUAUUCUCAGGGUCAGACGGAGCGAGCCGAGGAGCACAGCAGACCUGAUGCUCCGACGCUCGCGGAGACACUUCCUCCUGCAUCUCUCUCCCUGCAUCUCCCUCAGACACGACCUCCGCCUCCGUCUCUUCCUCCUGCUGUCUGUCCCCUCGUCCACCAGGUUCUGCGUUACAUGGCGCUGAGGAACGGCAACGCCGCCAACAACCUGACUCUGCAGCGCGUGGGCGUUUCUAAAGGUGGUAACCAUGACAACAGGAACACCGGAGUCCUGCAGCUGGCGCUGCACCCGGUGCUCCGCAUGCGGACGGUGGUGCUCAUGUACGUGUGGUACGCCUGCAGCCUGGUGUACUACGGACUCACCCUGGGCGCCAGCGAGACGUCCGGCAGCCGCUACGCUAACGUGGCCAUGUACGGGCUGGUGGAGCUGCCAGCGUACCCGCUCUGCAUUUACUUCAUCAGCAAACACUGGGCGGGGAGGAGGAAGAGCAUGGCCAGCUUCCUGUGUCUCGCCGGCUCCGCCUGCCUCUUCACCAUGUUGGUCCCUGCAGGCUCAGGGACGCUGCUGAGCGUGACGUCUCUGGCGCUGCUGGGGAAGCUGAUGGUCAGCGCCGGGUUCAACAUCGCCUACAUCUACACGUCGGAGCUCUACCCCACGGCCAUCAGGAACGCCGGGUUGGGCGUCUGCUCCAUGUCCUGCAGAGUCGGGGGGAUCCUGGCGCCGUUCGUCCCCUCCAUGCGGGCGCUCCACUCCUCCAUGCCCUUCACUGUCUUCUGCCUGAGCGGCUUCUCUGCCGGGUGUCUGAGUCUGCUGCUGCCGGAGACCCUGAACCGGCCGGCAGCCGAAACCCUGGAUGACCUGGGCGGUCCGGGCUACAGCCGGAUUCUGGAGAACAAGGCUGUUUUAUACGAAGAUGACGACUGAAGGUCGAGCCGCGGACUGCUCCCGUGAUUUCCUUGGAGGGACCGGUCUCGCGGUCUCCCUUCGGGUCUGGAAGCCGGAGCGGAUCCUGCGGCUCCGGGGGGAGCGGAGGGAAGCCCGCUUCAUUUCCUGAGUUCUGACCCGGCGCCAUCGCGGCGGUCGGGAGGACGGAUGGUUCCCUCGACGUUCCACACAGAGCGCCCGCCCCCCAGCAGCUCGGCGGGACGGCGUUUUCCCCGCAGGACCAGGACUAAAUCCAGACUUCUUUACUUUCUUUUUUUAGUUUUAAGACCUCGGUCGUUUCAGUUCUGGCGUCCCCCCUGGACCGCUCCUCGGCCCACAGAUGGUUCCGUGUUUGAAGAUCCGUAUUUUUAUUAUUUAGAAACGAAACAUUCCUGUUUAAAUUCUCCUUCGUUCAGGUCCAAAUAAAUCCAGGUGCUGACCUGGACCCACCGGCGCCGGGCCGGAUCAGACCUCAGCUGUGCGUCUCAGAAGUCGGAUUUUUGAUCCGGGAACCACGUCGCUCAGGGUUAGAGUCCAGCACCCAUGAGGUUUAGAGUCCAGCACCCAUCGGGUUUAGAGUCCAGCACCCAUCGGGUUUAGAGUCCAGCACCCAUGAGGUUUAGAGUCCAGCACCCAUCGGGUUUAGAGUCCAGCACCCAUCGGGUUUAGAGUCCAGCACCCACCGGGUUUAGAGUCCAGCACCCAUCGAGUUUAGAGUCCAGCACCCAUCAGGUUUAGAGUCCAGCACCCAUCGGGUUUAGAGUCCAGCACCCAUCGAGUUUAGAGUCCAGCACCCAUCAGGUUUAGAGUCCAGCACCCAUCGGGUUUAGAGUCCAGCACCCAUCAGGUUUAGAGUCCAGCACCCACCGGGUUUAGAGUCCAGCACCCAUCAGGUUUAGAGUCCAGCACCCAUCAGGUUUAGAGUCCAGCACCCAUCAGGUUUAGAGUCCAGCACCCAUCAGGUUUAGAGUCCAGCACCCAUCAGGUUUAGAGUCCAGCACCCACCGGGUUUAGAGUCCAGCACCCAUCGAGUUUAGAGUCCAGCACCCAUCAGGACCAUCAGGUUUAGAGUCCAGCACCCACCGGGUUUAGAGUCCAGCACCCACCGGGUUUAGAGUCCAGCACCCACCGGGUUUAGAGUCCAGCACCCACCGGGUUUAGAGUCCAGCACCCACCGGGUUUAGAGUCCAGCACCCACCGGGUUUAGAGUCCAGCACCCACCGGGUUUAGAGUCCAGCACCCAUCAGCAGUAAGACAGGGACCGGUCCGAUCAGUGCGACCGGCGAGGUCCCCUGACUCUCCGGACCGGGUUUAAGGAAGGCUCUGGUUUGGACCUGGACCUGGUUUUGAGGUGAAAUGAAACUGUGAACUCAGAACGGAACUCUUGAAAAUCAUGUUUCUGACUCGGGUUGGACCAGGUCACCAAAUAAUUUCAUUAUAUUUUCAAAAAAAGACUCCUUCGGUUGAUUCCUGCAGAUUCAGCAGAGACCAGUUUUGUUUUUUCCGGUUGAAUUAUGUAAAAAAGAUGUUGAUCGUAGUUGAACUGCUCGUCAAUAAUUGUGUUUUUUCUUUAUUAUUAUUAAUUCUGAAGCGCUAAUUAAUUAAUAAGAGGAGCUGGUUGGACCAGGACCGGGUCAAGCUAAAACCGGUCUGAGUAACAGUACCACCUCUGACCACCGGGGGCAGUAAGGCCUGACAAGCCGGAGACGAGCUUCGGCGUCGCAGCAGGAGGAGGUCCUGCACGGGAGGGAAGGAAAUGAAAACUCAACUUGAAAUGAAACCAUAAACUGAUUAUUGGUUUUAUAACCUUUGUUACCUUUAAUAGAUCUGAUUCCAGUCACCCUCAUCUGUGUUACAUUUAUACGUUGCAUAUCAGAGCGUCUUAACAACCGUUAUUUUGGGUUCUCUGUAAUUGCUCCUCUAUUCUCAGUAGUUGCCGUUUCUAUGAUAUUAUCCAUGUAUUCAAUAUUCAGUUGAUAUAAAACUGGCAUAUUUUCUCACUUUGAACUUUGAUUUGUAUCAGUUUACAUGAAUAAAGUUUUGCA